UGUUCGGUAGAUUUUAUGGCCGUUUUUCGGUUUUGAAGGAAAUCCGCUUUUUUUCAAGGCUCCAAGUUUUCAGGACACAAAAACCUACUGCGCGCAGUCUAGGAGCCGAGUUCUGAACGUGGGCCCCUCGGCCCUGCUAAAAAAUGUCCCUAGUUCCAGUCCUUCUCCAAUGACCGCCAUUCGGGAUUGACUGAAUCGAAAGACAUUGCUGUGUUUUGAAUCGAAAUUAGUGUCUGUGCUAAUGGCUUGUUUUCCAGUAGAUGUCUUAACAUCAAGAUAGCAGGAUGGGAUCAGUCGUUUCUAAUAUGUAUGGCGGGUUUCAGUACAUGCUGAGCUGUGGAGGAGAAAAUCAAAGAGGCCUUGAAAAUGGCGGCUCAUUAAAAUCUGCGACGCCAUUUGUUUGGAAACGUACAAGCUCCAUGUACUUUGAUGAAGAUGGCGACUUAGCCCAUGAAUUUUACGAAGAAGUGAAGCCCAGCAAGAAAGGCAAGAAAUUCUUCAUGAAGAAAGUGACCCGUCGGUUGCUACCUCAAGGACUGGUGGACUUGCCACAUCCAAGACUUCAUGUUGAUUUUCCUGUGGUUAUGUGCGAGACAUGUUACUAGAGUAAUAACACCAUGAUAUUGAGACCCAGCCUGUGGAUUUUAUCAGAAGACAAUCACUGUUAAUGUCAUUCAUUGAGAAGAAUCGCAUGUAAUAAUGAAAGAAACGUAAACCACAUGGAUUUAAUGAGCCAGGCAUGUCUGGGCCAACCAUUUUGAAAGCAGGGCCAGUCAAAACAGCUUGCGUCACAUCAGUUCUAUUCACUCUCGUGAAGAAUGCUAAGAACUCUUGCCUUACCGUUCUUUAAUUUAUGUGAACUGUUUUGAACUCUUGCAAAGUUGUAUCGGAAAGCAGUUUAACCUUGUGCUUCAAGCUCAUCUCCAUCAGAUUAACAUGCCUUAAGGGUGCAUGUGAUAUCCUGUGAUAUCCUUGUUGCCUGGGCCUGGUUGGCUCUGGUAUGCAGUAAAUGAGGAAAAUUAAAUAGGUAACUUCUCACGUCCAAUGACCAGCAGGCUUGUUACAUCAAAUGUUCUAAGCGUGAAUUUUUGUCUUGCUGACCAGUAUUUAGACUGUCAUCAAUGGGAAAUAAAACAAGAUUAAUUUUACAGUUACAAUUGUAAUAUAGGGUAAAAAGAGUAAUUAAAAGCAUUUUAACCCAA